CUCUUGUCAAAAACGUGCAUGGUAUGUAUGGAAUCUGAUUGUCAAACAACGACACCACCGUCAUCAGCAUAUCUGAGCCAUUGAGCAAUUGAGCAUUUCUUCUUGCGUGUAUUUUUCUCUCUGCCAUUCAUAUGAAGUUAUAGUGAGUUGUCAAAUAGGACGAACACACAGAAUACGUAGUAGUGUUGUUGUUGUUGCUGUCUCUGCGCCUACAACAUACACAUCGGUGUUUUUUUAUUCGAAACACUUUUACGGAGAAUUAAGACGUCGAGUUUUUGUGUGGAUUACAAAAAGACUGGUUAAAAAUUAAAAAAAGGCAGCGCGAGAGAUUGUGAUCGACAAUGGGCAACGUCGAUACAAAAUUGAAUUUUCGUAAAGCGAUUGUUCAACUUGGCACCAAAGAUCAGCAAAUAAAUGCAAAUGAUGAUGUGUUCUGGGAUCAAUUUUGGUCUGACCAUGGCACCAACAUACAAGACGUAUUCGCAUUGGUGCCGUCGAGUGAAAUUCGAACACUUCGGCGAGAUAAUCCCGCAAAUCUGGCCACUCUCUGCUACAAGGCAACUGAACGACUGGUUCGAGCCGUCGACACCAGCUGUCGUACACAUUCCGAACAACAAGCUGCUUUAAAUUGCGUGCGACUACUUACCAGAGUCAUUCCAUACAUACACGAGGAUAACGAAUGGAAAGACUUUUUCUGGUCAUCAUUGCCAUCGGCCAACGAAAAUGAACCAACCACCAUUCCAUUAGCACAAAGCCUAUUGAAUGCAAUUUGUGAUUUGCUGUUUUGUCCCGAUUUUACGGUGACAUCGGCUCGUCGAUCGGGCCCUGACAAGGCGGAAGAGUUGGCCAACAUCGAUAGUUGUGAAUACAUUUGGGAUGCUGGUGUUGGUUUUGCCCAUUCGCCACCGAAAAAUUCACAGUUUGAACAACGACGCACCGAGCUACUGAAAUUGUUACUCACCUGUUUCAGUGAAACAAUGUACCGUACACCAAAUAAAAGUGAAGAGCCUAACAAAUGGAUUGCGUAUUUUACAAGUGCAGAGAAUCGUCACGCUUUGCCUUUAUUCACAUCAUUCCUGAACACAGUCUGUUCAUAUGAUCCGGUGGGAUUAGGUGUCCCUUACAAUCACUUCAUUUUCACCGAUACAAUGGAACCAUUAGUUGAAGCAUGUCUACAAAUCUUGAUUGUAACGCUUGAUCACGACAUGACGUUGCAUCAAUCUUCGAUAAUGGCUACAAAUGGCACGGCAAACAGUUCUGGUGCUACUAGUUUCGAAGAGGCCAACAGUGUUGGUGACAACUUAUUCAUAAAUUAUCUGUCACGCAUUCAUCGGGACGAAGACUUUCAAUUCUGCUUGAAAGGCAUCACCCGCCUACUCAACAAUCCACUCGUACAAAGCUAUCUACCUAAUUCGACGAAACGCCUGCAUUGCCAUCAAGAAUUGCUAGUUUUUUUCUGGAAAAUUUGCGACUACAAUAAGAAAUUUUUAUAUUAUGUGCUGAAAAGCAGCGACGUGCUCGACGUUUUGGUACCCAUUUUAUACCAUUUAAACGAUUCACGCGCCGAUCAAUCUCGCGUUGGUCUCAUGCACAUUGGCGUUUUUAUUUUGCUUCUGUUAUCCGGCGAGCGAAAUUUCGGUGUUCGACUCAAUAAACCAUACACAGCUACUGUUCCCAUGGAUAUUCCAGUUUUUACCGGAUCACAUGCGGAUUUAUUAAUUACCGUCUUUCACAAAAUAAUUGCGACGGGCCAUCAAAGACUGCAACCGCUUUUCGAUUGUUUGCUUACGAUUUUGGUCAAUGUGUCACCAUACUUAAAAACUCUGUCAAUGGUGGCGGCUAUCAAGCUAUUGCAUUUGUUAGAAGCAUUUAGCACACCAUGGUUUCUAUUUUCGGCACCAUCGAAUCAUCAUUUAGUGUUUUUCCUACUGGAAAUAUUCAACAAUAUUAUUCAAUAUCAGUUUGAUGGCAAUGCAAAUUUAGUGUAUACAAUCAUUCGAAAGCGUCAUGUGUUCCAUGCGUUGGCCAAUUUGCCAUCCGAUUUGCAGGGCAUUUCAAAAUGUUUGAGUAACCGAAAGUUGGGCGUCGCACAAACGAUGAAUCGUGUGAAAACUCCAAAAACUGCCUCACCAAUAACGGAACGACGAUCGUUUAGUGAAGAUACCGUGGCGCCAGCGGUGAAACCGUUGCCAGCAGUCGCCGAUGAAGAGGAUGGCUCAAGCAUUGAGAACAAAAGUGACAUUGAAGAGUCAAUGGAAGGUUCACGUCCGGCUCUGCCAGCCGAACCGGGUACACUCAAAGCAUCGUUGCUCGACACACCCGCCAUUGCCACGAUGACCGAACGAGAAUCGGCCCAUCCGUUGCAAGCGCCACUUUGCGAUUUUAGUCCCAUGAAUGAACAUUGUGAUAGUACAAACGUACAAGACAUUCAAAAUGUGGAGCUCACAAAAUUGUCCAUCGACGAAACCCAACCAGAAGAACCAAUGCCAGCUCCAUUGAAACGAACUGUUAAUCAGCGUGGCAGCAUUCGUGUGUCAUCGAAUCCAGUAAAUGCAGCUUCCGUUUGGACACCAACACCCGAAUGGGUGGCUUCAUGGCGAGCAAAGCUACCAUUGCAAACGAUUAUGAGAUUACUUCAGGUGUUAGUACCUCAAGUGGAGAAAAUUUGUAUUGAUAAAGGUUUGACUGAUGAGUCAGAAAUUUUGAAAUUUCUUCAGCACGGCACAUUGGUUGGCUUAUUACCCGUUCCGCAUCCGAUUCUCAUUCGAAAAUACCAAGCAAAUAGCGGAACAACAGCUUGGUUCCGAACUUAUAUGUGGGGUGUGAUUUACUUGAGAAACAUCGAUCCGGCGAUUUGGUAUGACACGGAGGUUAAACUAUUUGAAAUUCAAAGGGUAUAAAGCGAAACCAAGCUAAGCAAACGGCCAGAGUGUCAAGAUACACGGCUCUACACAUUCCCGAUUUCCAUUAUUCAUAUGGCUGAGUGUGAUCACGUUUGAUAAACCUAUUUAGCCGAAGAAAAAACACAAUAAUGAAAUUCUGUUUCGAAAUUUAAGUUAAAAUUUGUUUUGAUUAGGUCAAAAUAUGGCGUAUGUUCUUUUCGUUACACGUAGGAUAUGUUUACCAUGCCAAAAUGUCCAGAGACAUUUGGUCUUAUAUGUUCUUCUGUUUUUUUUUCGUUUGAAUUUGAAUCUAUUUAUUUACAGUCGUUUGUGCAAUUUUUGUGAAUGACGAUAAUCAAAAUAAUUUAUUCUCUUGCGUUAAUUUUUAUGUUUAUUAAAUUAACUAAAGUAGUUUCUUUUAAGUCCAUAGAUUGUAGAUUCUAUGAUAGUUUUUAUUUUCGAAUAGCUCUAAACAAGCAACACUCCAAAUAUUCAUAUAUCAAUGCGCAAAUUCGCAUUGUAUUUGUUUUGGCAGACAUUUGAUUUGUAAAAUUUUCGUUCCGAUUUUUUGUUGUUGUGAUAUUUUUCACUGAGUUUCAAUUGUAUUCCGUAUUUUAAAAAUUAUCCAAUGCAUCUAAAAAGAGCAAAAAUACAAUUCUAUAAAAAAAACAUUUGUACAUAUUUGCUUUCGAAUAAAAAAAAUUUGCAUUUCGCGCAA